GGCGCUGCCGAGCAGGAUAACUGAACCCUUCUGAGGGGAAAAACGGCUGCCGCGGCCCAGGCGGGGCUGGGAGGGGGCUCCGGCUCCCUGCCGCCCGCCCUGCGCGGGCUCGGAGGCCCCUCAGCUCCCGGGAGGGCGGGACGGGGCCGCGGCCGCCCCGCGGGUCCUGGCAGGGCGAUACGGAGCGGGAGUGCCGGCACCGGGUGCACCGGGUCCCGCCGCGGCGGCGUGUGGGCCCGUCCGGGCCGCCAUGCUGCCCGCGGGCCGCGGCCGGCGGGCGGCGGCAGCGUUGGAGGCGGCGCUGGGGGAAGGCGCGGAGCGGCGGCGGGAGCUGGAGCAGCGCACGGCCAGAAGCCGGGCCGUCCUGCGGCGCUGGGGCUGUGAGGAAGACGAGCAGGCGCAGCCAGAGGCCGGCUCCAGCAAGGGACAUGAGAGCAGGCCUUCACCCAGGGAGCUGGAGGAGCUGGAACUGCUGAACAGGGCCUUAGAGAAGGCACUGAAAGUCAGGAAAAGCAUCCUGAAAACUCCAUUAGAGGCCCAGGGAGCUGCAGGACAGAAAUCUGCAGGUGAGGAACCUGCUCCUAAGAAUUCUGAAGCACAGCAAGUGCCUGUACCUGUUCAGGAUGUUUCUGAGAGCACAGAGGUGAGAACUGUAAGCAAAAAGCCUGUCUCUUUGAAGAAGCCGUCUAGCAAAAAGCCUGUCUCUUUGAAGAAGCCUUCUCCAUACCAGCUAAGAGCUCCUUACAGGACUGACCCAGAUGUGAAGAAACUGCAAAGGAAAACCCCAGCCAGAUGUGUUUCUCAAGGUCCCAGGACAGAUGGGAAGAGCUCCUCAAAAGGGGUGGCUUGCAAACAAGGAAGGAGUCAUAGGACAGUAAUCAGUGUCAGUGACAGAGAGGUCUGUGCUCCAGCUGAACCCCAAAAGAUACCUGGCUUGUCCAAAUCUGCCCUGAAUGAGAAGCAAAGCUUUUCCGUAGGGAAUUCAGCUGGGGGAAAGAACUCUGUAGCUGCAGGCGAGCAGUUAUUUGAUGCAGGAAGAAAACACUAUGGUUUCCUGGGAGAGUCCAUCAAAAAGGAGGACCUUACAGCUGAAGGUGCUUUGGGAAGGAGAACCUCACCUCAGCCAGUCACCCUGCAGGAAAAGGGAUGCCAGCUGAAGCUACCGCUUCCCUACAGGAAAGCCUAUUCCAGGAACUCCAGUUUCUAUCAUGAUUUAAAAGAUCCAUUUGGAUGGAGAGAAGACACAUGCAUACUCAGGGCAUGGGAGAGAUGUCGUCUCUGCCAAACAAGUGCAGAUGCAGCAGCUGCAAGGAACUGUUUUAUAGAGAGGAUCCAGACAACUUUCUGUUCACCAAUGCCAGCCUUCAGUCCUGCAGAGAUAGAGGAGGAAUUGAAGGUCCUCCAGGAUGUCCCCUCCCUUCUGAGCCAGUAUGUGGAAGCUGAGCCUGCAGACCAUCCCACUCUGCAAAGAGAAUAUGAAAGCCUUCUAACCUUGGAGGGUUUGCAAACCACAGUUUCCCAGUGCCUGCGUAAGCUGCAGCUUCUGCGAGCAGCUGUGGAGUCCCAGAUGAGGCUGUGCCCAGACUGCACUGGGGACGGAGGAAGCUGCUCUCCAGCCCAUGUUCCUCCCAGGGGACCGGCGUGUGACAGUGCAGGCAUGCUGGCUGUGCCUCUCCUUUGUUACUCCAGUUUUCAGGAGCUGAGGGACCUGUUUGCCUUGAAGCUGCAAGUGUCAGUGCUGCACCAAGAAAUUGCCUUACAAAAGGUCAUGAUGGCAGAACUGCUGCCUGUCCUGGAGUCCAAGCUCUGCCUGGAAGCCUCUGUGGCUCAGCUGUAUCGGGCGAUUUACACGCAGCUCUGUGAAGGAGGCAGUCGAUUCCCUGUGCUGGUGAGAGAUGAGCUGGCAGACUGAUCUGGUGGGAGUCUCCUACUAGCUAUUCACAUAACCGGAGACAAUUUUAAGCAAUAAAUCUUCUCUAUUAACUUUUUUA